AUCUAGCAAGAUGGCGUCUUUGUUGUGGAGGGCUGUUCCACUAGUUUGUCACCAAACUCGAUUUAAUGUAGUAAGAUGUAUCAGUACAAGUCAGCAACUACCUACCAACAAAACUCCACCUGGUGGAAAAAAAUCCUUAGAAAAGCCAGGAAUAAAGAAUGUGGUAUUAGUAGAAGGUGCUCGAACCCCUUUCUUAAUGUCUCAGACUAACUACAAGGAUCUUAUGGCAAAUGACCUGAUGAGACAUGCUCUUUUGUCGGUGGUUAGGAAAGCAGGGAUAAAAAAAGAAUUAGUGGAUUACAUCAUUGUAGGAACAGUCAUUCAAGAAGUACGGACAAGUAACAUAGCCAGGGAGGCUGCCCUUGCUGCAGGAUUUUCUGACAAAACUCCUGCACACACUGUUACCCAGGCUUGUAUUUCAUCUAAUCAGUCAGUAAAUACAGCAAUGAACUUAUUGGCUACGGGUCAUUGUGAAGUGGCAAUAGCUGGUGGAGUUGACUACAUGUCUGAUGUACCUAUUAGGCUUAGUCGGCCUAUGCGUAAACUGAUGUUGUCUGCAAAUAAAGCAAAAUCUUUGGGGAAGAAAGUUGGAUUGCUAAUGAAGCUUCGACCAAAAUAUUUUGUUCCUGAGCUUCCAGCAGUCGCAGAGUUUUCUACUAAUGAAACAAUGGGUGAAUCUGGGGACCGGUUAGCCGCAUCUUUUGGUAUAUCUCGUCGAGAGCAGGAUGAGUUUGCCCUCAGAUCUCACACACUGGCUGACAAGGCAACGAAGGGAGGGUCUCUGGAGGAUUUGACUCCACUUACUGUGCCAGGUACAGAGCUGCCUGUGGCACGGGACAAUGGAAUCAGAGUUUCUACUUUGGAACAAAUGGCCAAACUCAAACCAGCCUUUAUUCGACCAAAUGGAACAGUCACAGCUGCAAAUGCAUCCUUUUUAGUAUGUGGAAAUAUUUUAUAUUCUAAGCUUUUAUACAAAUGAAAGUUUUUGGGAAAACCU